GGGACUCCUCAUGACUCCAUGUUGGACUUUUCACUUUAGAAAGUUCCUGCGAGAGUCAUCAGGACUCCUUACGAUUCCUGCUGGAGUUUUUCAUAAACUUGGGACUCUCGUUAGAGUUUUGCCGGGAGUCUCGACUAGGGCAGUUUUACACGUCCUUUUUAAUGAAACCUUGCUCGAAACAAUCGGACAUAUAUUAACGAAGAUAGAAGCAAAACAAUAGAGAAGACCACUUUUUUAGAAAUUUCGGAGCACCCCCACUUUAAGCUUUUGUAUCUGGGUCAAAUCAGGUCGUAGAACCAUAAAAAAUUGUUUAUAACCGUAGUUUCACGUGGCGAAAAAAAACUAUACGUCAAGUUUGGCCAUUUAAUAGUCAUUCUCGAUGCGCUGUGAAAACUUCUCUUAAGUGCAAUACUAGAGUAUUAGAAUAUGAUGCUUAUUUACUGAUCUGAACUGGGUGAACAAUGAAUACUGAAGUAUAAGCUCAGAACUCUAAGGGAUAUCGUCUGUCUUUUUCCUCAGUUUUAACUUUUCAUUUGUAUUUUUAUAUUUAUUGAAACUUUUCUUUAAGUUCUUGUACCAUGAAAAACUCUCAUCCUGAACAACAAUAUUAUUUCAAUCGGCUAUUCGUGCAACGAUAAUCAUUUUAUCUGUGUGAAGAAUGAAAGAAAGUUGAAUAAAAUAUCUUUUGACCAUAGUAUACAAUUCUGUUUGACCUGUACUCUAUAUCUAUCUCUUUAUUUUUUGCACAAAUAAAUUCAAAAUAGAUCGACCAUGACAUGUGAAUCAUCUCAACAGAAGAAGAGAAAACAUGUGUUCGUCAAUAAGUCUUUUAUUUAAAACAAUCUAGUUGUGAAAAUAAGAAGUUAUUUAAUCAUGAAGUAGAAAUAUUGCAAAAAUAAGCCGAUAAGUACGAAAAACUCCAGAUGACGGAAGGUAGGUGUUCUGUUGUGUGAAAUAAGUUUUUACUGAUCGUGCUUCGUUCUCAGUGACUACAAUGAAUGAAAUGGCUAGUAGUCCUCCAAAAGAUACAAUCGCAACAACACCGGUCUUAGCAACUAAUCUACCAGUGUCGACGAACCAAAGAGAAAAGAAGGACUCAGUUAAUGCGGAUGAACCAGUUACGAAUCAAGUGUCACCGAUGAAUAAUUUUCCAUUAUUUAUGAGUCUUACACUUCGAUCACUUGGAAUUAUAUUUGGCGAUAUGUGAGUAGCUGGUAGUUCAAUAUAUUUAAGAUUAAUUCUAUUAGUCUACCAAUUAAUAGAUUAGAAUUUGCAGUUAAUUUCUGACAUUUUGAUAGAUUCUUAGAUUAAAAAUCGUUUUUUUACUCUUACUGAAGUUUCAAAAUCAUGAUUAAACGUUCAUUGCAAAAAACUAACAAUCCUAAUAGAUUUUUUGAUGAUGUAAAUAUCGCUGGAGCUGAGAACGAUAGAAUAAAAUUUACAUUACAAAAGACAGUUUACUGUAUUUUUCUGAUACUUUCUGAAUACACUCUCGUUGUUUUGAAUCGCAGAUAGAAGUAUAUAUGUACGUAUUUAAUACAUCGUUUCUUUCAUGCAGUGGUACAUCACCACUUUACGUUGUACAAACCGUAUUUUCAAAUAUUAACGAACCAAGUGAACAACAAUGUGUGGGAGUAAUUAGUUUAAUAAUAUGGAAUUUAAUUGUCGUUGUUUCAAUCAAAUAUGCUAUUUUUAUUUUAAUGGCCGAUAAUCGGGGCGAAGGUGGUACAUUUGCACUUUGUGGUUUACUAACCGGUGAAUCAAGUCCACUUCGUAGAAAAGCAAAAAGAGUAGUGGCCGUGAUAUCAAUUUUAGCAGCAUCUUUGUUAAUCGGUGAUGGUGCUUUAACGCCUGCCAUUUCUGUUCUUAGCGCUGUUGAAGGUUUAGCUAUAUCAGCUCCAAAUUUACAGAACUGGAUUCUUCCAAUCACCAUAAUUAUUAUUAUUUUACUCUUUCUUGGUCAACAAGUUGGUACGGGAAGAAUUGGUAUAGCAUUUGGUCCAGUUAUGAUUGUAUGGUUUUUAACAUUAUUUUGUACUGGUAUUUGGCGUGUUACAUUUCAUCCAAAAAUUUUAAGAGCAUUUAAUCCAUUUGAAGCAUUAAACUAUCUCCUUCGAGAGAAAAAAACCGGCUUCUUUCAAAUUGGUAGCAUAUUUUUAUCUAGUACAGGUUUAGAAGCAUUGUAUGCUGAUUUAGGACAUUUUGGACGUUGGCCUGUUAGAACGAGUUGGUUUCUUCUUGUAUUACCAGCUGUUACAAUGAAUUAUUUAGGUCAAGGUGCUUUAUUAGCAACAAAUCCAACUUUGAUUACGAAUCCCUUUUACAAUGCUGCACCAGGAUGGGCGCGGUGGCCAUUGAUUAUAUUGGCAACAAUAUCAACAAUAAUAGCAUCUCAGGCAAUUAUCACUGGAUGUUUUUCACUGAUUAGUCAAGCUUCUAGUCUUGGUUUUUCACCACCGUUUGGAGUUCAGCACACCAGUAAAACAAUCAUUGGGCAAAUUUAUGUACCGGCUAUUAAUUGGACACUGAUGUUUUUAACAUUAGCCGUUACAUUAUAUUUUCGAAGUAGUUCUGGAUUGACUCAUGCUUACGGUGUUACUGUAUGCUGUGUAAUGUUAAUAACCACCGUAUUGUACAUGUGUAUUAUACGCUAUACAUGGCGACGAUCAUGGAUAUUUGUUGUUCUGUUUGGAGUGUUUCUCGUUAUUGAUUGUAUUACAUUAAGUAGUAACCUUGUAAAAUUUGCCGAAGGUGCAUGGGUGGCAUUACUCAUUGCAACAUUCUUUUUUAUACUUGGCUUUUGUUGGUAUUAUGGUCAAGGCAAACUUCGUCGGUAUUUACAUUUCAAUUCUCGAACAACCAGUCUUUCUCAACUUCCCCGUCGAUUUGGACUAAUGAACAAGCGACUAACAAUAUUACCAUCUGAUGGUCGACAAGCAUCACCAACAUCGUUGAAUGGUGAGACAAAUGGUCAGCUCAGUGUACGACAUCAUCAAGAAGAGUCCAAUUCAGAUUCAGAGAGUAGUAAUGACGAAUAUCAUGAAAAACGAACAAUAAGAAACUAUUCUAAUGGUAAUGGUAAUGGUCAUGUGUCACUGGUAAAAGAUGUUGAAAUUACAACUGUUGGCAGUGGAGCUGAUUUUCACAGUAGUUCUGGAAUAACAGCAUCAAUUACACCUGGCAUAGGUGUAUUUUUAACAACAUCAUCAACUCAUACUCCUCAUGUUUUUGAAAAUUUAUUAAGCCGCCUACAUGCAGUACCACAAGUAAUUAUAUUCUUGAAAAUAUCUCAUGCUGGCGUACCAAUAUUAUCAAAUGAAAAACGUUUAAAAAUUAAAACCUUUGGUAAUCAAAGGAUUUAUCAUAUCACAGCACGUUAUGGUUAUUCUGAAAAUAAAAUUCAUGUAUUAGAUAUAUUAAAACUUGCUGCUUCGACCAAUGGCGUUCCUAUUUCAAAUGAAGCCAACAUUACAUUUUUUAUACCAAAUUCCACGAUAAUAAUCAACAAAAAUGGAUGGAAAACAUGGAUUACACGGUGGCCACUCUUUAUUUAUGCAUUUUUGAAAAGUUUAUAUCCUGGCGCAGCUAAAGAUUUAGCAUUGUCACCGGCAAACACAGUUAGUGUUGGUAUACUAGCACUUAUUGAUCUAAUGAGACCAUUCGAAAUGACAAAUAAACACAUUCAAAAAUUAUAUAAUAAAUUUUCAUAUGAUCUUAAUUUAGCAUUAACAGUUACCGUUGAACAAAAAAAACCAUUGGAAUUAUUAAAUGAUUUAAGAUUUUCACCCACCUAUUUAACAACAGAAAAUUAUGAAAAUUUAACAUAUCAAGAUGGAAAACAUUUAAUUGUACAAUUGACGCCGGAAUAUUUAUUAUUGCUAUAUGUUGAAAUUAAGUCUAAAGAACAAGGCGUACUACAUAUUUGUCAUGAAUAUAUUGGCACACCAGAAUGGCUCAAACAAAUAUCAGGCUACAUUUUAUUCCGAUACAUAUCGAAUCGUAUUCAAAAUUUUUGUACAAUUGAAGCAAUUGAUACCACCAUUAGUACUCCAUUGACGCUUGUGUUUCCUUAUUCGUGCAUAUAUUCGAGAUUGAACUCAGCCAUUCUAUUGUCAUGGUCAAAUGAUUUUGGUAAUACGGAUGUGAUUGGAGUUGAUGUUGGAAAAUUAUUGAAUGAAUGUCUUGUCGAAUAUAAUCUUGAGUUUUAUGUCAAAACGGUUCUGACUGAUUCAACAGCAAUUUUAUUUGGACAUCGAUGGAAAAAUCGUUCAAUAACUGUUUCAUGUUUUCUUGAUUCAACAUUUAAUGUCACCUAUAUUGAACCACGAUUAACAUUUGAAAAAUUAAAAAAUGAACGUUUUCUUGAUUAUUUUGAAAAGGAACCAAUGACUCAAAGUGCAAUGAUCUCUCUAACAAUUGGAACCUAUGGUGAUGCAGAUUUUCUCAAUACUUUUGAUAAUCUCUUGACUAAUUAUGAUCAUGAAUUGGAUGAGGCUUCUCUAUAUUGUGGUCAAAAUUGUUUACAAAAACUACUAACAUCUGUUUCUCUAGGCGAACUUGUCCGCAUUAUUAUUAAUGAUUUUAGAAAUCGUCAUUUAAUAUUACAACAUUCAAUUGACGAUAUUCAAAAUAAAAUGAUUAAUGUUAGCAUGAAAACAUUAUCAAAACGAAACAUGUUCUAUAGUAAAUAUAUAAAUGAUAUUGAUAAUGAUUCAGAUACAUACAAACGUACAAAAGAAAUUUUACAAUUAAUUGGAUUUUCAAAUGUGAAUGCAAUGGAUUGUGCCGUUCUAAAAUAUGUGUGUCAUUUGGUAUCAAAACGUGCCGCUUAUCUUUGGGCUAUCAUAUUGACAGUCAUCAUAGAACGAACAAAACAACCUAAUGUUGGAAUUAUUUGUGAUGGAAUUAUGUUUAGAAAACAUUCAAUGAUGAGACGAAUAAUGCAAGCAUUGGUUAGAAAACUAUUGAAAAACGGUACAGAAGUUGAUUUUAUCAAAACAGAGUUAGGUGUGAGUUAUGGAACAGGUGGUUAUGGUUUUGGUGCUGGCUCAAUUCCUCUCUGUGCAUCUAGUCCAUAUGGCGCGGUACGUUUGACACCCGAUACAGGAAAUGUAUUAGAUAUACCAGUUGCAUUUGAACAUUAUGGUGGAUACCAUUAUGGUGAUAGUCACAUUAAUAUUUUUUCACAUACUCAUAUGGUGGGUGCAGGCGUUCAAGAUUAUGGACAAAUAGGUUUAAUACCUGUUCAAGUAAAUAAAAUUGAAGAUCUGGAACGAAUGAUAUCAAAAUCACAUGGUUAUCGAAGUGCUUUCUCACAUAGCAAUGAAGUAGCACAACCUGGUUAUUAUGAAGUUUAUCUUCAAACGCAUCGAGUUAAAGUUCAACUAACAGCGGUAGAACAUGCAGCUGCACAUCAAUAUAUAUACGAUAAAAGUGCAAAUAAAAAAUAUGUUGUAUUAAUUGACAGUAGUUAUAGUUUAGACUUGAAGGCAUGUAAUAAUAGUCAGGUUGAAAUUGAUCUAGAAAUGAAUGAAGUACGAGGAUGGAUACUAUUUGACGGAGCACUAUCACAGAGAUUUGGUGGUGUUCGAACCUAUUUUGUUGUAUCUUUUUCACGUCCUGAUAUCACAGAUUAUGGUAUUUGGAAUGAUAGUAAACUUUAUCCAAAACAAUUGAAUGCCAGUCAAUGUAAUUCUGGAGCUUAUCUAACAUUUCUUAAUGAACAAGUAAAUAUUUUAGUUGGAAUUAGUUUUGUUUCGAUUGAACAAGCCAGAGUGAAUUUACAAAUGGAAACGGGAUAUCAGUCCUUUGACAAAAUAUUACAAUCUGUGCAAACAAAAUGGUUAGAUGAAUUUAAUCGAUUUGAAAUUGAUGGUUGGAAUAAUGAUGAAAUAAUUAAGUUUAAUACAGCAUUAUAUCAUAGUUUGAUGAGUCCAACUAUUUGGAGUGAAGCAAAUGGUAUUUAUUUGGGAUGGGAUGGACAAAUAAAAGUAAAACCAGAUCAUAUGGAUCAUGUCUAUACUGAUAUGAGUAUUUGGGAUGUAUUUCGUACUCAGUUUCCAUUUAUUCUAUUGCAUGAUAGUAAGCGUAUGAAUGAUAUUGUCUCAUCAAUUAUGUUAAACUAUGAACAGGGUGGUGAUCUACCAAAAUGGCCGUUUGCUAAUGGCUAUACUGGAUGCAUGAUUGGUUCUCAUUCGGAUAUUAUUUUAAGUGAUCUUAUUGUAAAAAAUGAACAUUCUGAAUUUUUAAAUUUAUCUCAAGUUGUUCAAGCAGUUCGUCAAGUCGCAAACACAAAUCAAAUACAUGAUGCACGAUGGGAUCCUCCUCAAUAUAUUAAACUCGGUUUUGUGCCUUACGAACAAGAUCCAGCUGCUGCCUCAUUAACUUUAAGUUAUGCUUAUGAUGAUUAUGCAAUAGGCAACAUUUUAUCAGCCGUUGGAUUAAAAGAUGAAGCAAACGAAUACUAUAGUCGUUCAAAAUGGUAUAAAAAUAUUUGGGAACCAACAAAAAAGUUUUUUUGUCCAAAACUAAAUACCACAAAUCAGUUCGAUUGUCCAAGUGAAUUAGGUUUAUUGGAUGUAUUCGAUACUCGUUAUGUUGAAGGUGAUGCAUGGCAUUAUCGAUUUUUUGUUCCACACGAUACUAAUGGACUAAUAGAAUUAUUUGGCGGAACGAAUGAAUUUGUAAAAGAGUUAGAAAUAUUUUUUAAAAAUGGUCAAAUUUGGCAGACAACAACAUUACCAAAUCCAUAUUAUUGGCCAGGAAAUGAACAUGAUCUCUUUAGUGUGUGGCAGUUUAGUUAUGCCAAUCGAAUUGAUUUAACUCAAUUGUUUUCGAGAUGGUUAGUAAAGCAUGCAUUUUCCAAUCAACCAGAUGGUAUUCCAGGCAAUGAUGAUUAUGGUGCAAUGUCGGCAUGGUAUAUCUUUGCUAGUAUGGGUAUUUAUCCUCUCGCUGGUAAUUCAUCAUACAUUCUUGGAAGUCCAAAUUUUAAUAAAAUUACAAUUAAGAGAAAUAAUGGUAAUUGCACACUGAAUAUUAUAGCACAUGAUAAUUCGGAUCAAAAUGUAUAUGUAAAAAAUGUUUUAUUAGAUGGAGUACCACUAACAACAUUUCCCUUUAUUGAUCAUGUUCAACAUUUAACAUGUUCAUCCGCAGAAAAACAAUCAAUUCAACUCGAUUUUUAUAUGACAGAUAAAGCCACCGAAUAA